GGACGGAUGAAGUGGUGUAUGGCCAGCUCGGGGGGAGCAUCCUCCUGCUGUGCCGCAAUGUCUCCGAGGACGCAGCCGAGGUGGUGUGGUUCCGAGGGGAUCCACACUCCGUCCCCCCGCUGCUCUCCUCCAGGGUCUCCUUCCCACCCGACGUUCACUUCUCCCUGGUGGACAACAGCUCCCUGAAAAUCUCGGAGCUGCGUCCGCAGGACGAGGGCAACUACACUUGCAGGGAGGUGCUGAACAAGACAGACCACGAGCACAGGGUCCAGCUCCUGAUAGCCAAUCCACCACAGUCAACCCCAAAGUGCUGGACCGAGACCUCCUCGUCAGGGCUGAUGCUGCAGCUGUUUUGCAGCUGGCCUGGGGGGUACCCCCACCCCACCCUGCACUGGAGUGAGGAGGGGCACAAUCUGGAGAACUCCAGCUGGAUCAUCAGCUCCACAAGCUCCUCAGAUACCCACGUGGAGACCCUCAACAGCUCCCACCUCUCCCACCGCAAAGUCUUCAAGUGUGUGGGCAGCCACGUGGUCAAGCCGGAGCAGCCUGUGUGCACUGUGGAGAUAAAAAUCCCUUCACUGGAAACUGAUCCCCCCAAGACCUGCUUCGUGGGUGACAAUGUGACCCUGACAUGCCGUGUGACCGAGAGCACCCCGGCAGCACGGCUCACCUGGCUGAGGGACAUCACCCGGCCAGAGGUGGAGAUCCAGCCUGGAGGGAGAUUCCUCAUCACCCAGGAGGGCAAUGUGUCCCAACUCACCAUCCAGAACUGCUCCCAGGGCACUGAUGGGGGCUGCUACGUCUGCAGGGCACACAACCCUGUGGGGCUGAGGGAGCUCUUCGUCUGCCUGACGGUGAAGCGGCCGGUGACCAUCGCUGAGAUCGUGGGUGCUGUGGUGGUCCUGACCCUCCUGACUGGUCACAUUGUCACUGGGAUGGUCUUGUACUACAAUCCCCUUCUGUGCCUGAGAGGUGCUGCAUCCAGGAAUUCAGACUCAGGUGAUGUCGUAAUGCUGGUGGACUUAGAAGAUGAGGAGGAGGGGGAGGGGGACAAGGAGGCCACAAGCAGCAAUCAUGGGGCAGUGGCACUGGUCAAUGGGAACAGCACCCAGGCUGCUUCUCUGAACUACCUCAUGGAAG